CACAGGAGGGAAGCGCAGCGGGAAAAAAUGAGGGAAGAGGAGCGCAAGAAGUUUGCGAAGGGCAUCCAAAGCUCAGGCCCUAACGGUACCAAUGCAAAUGGAAAGUCUCCAGCAAGUCGCGGCAAUCGAGGUGGGCUCGACUCGAAAGCUUCCGUUAACACGAAGGGUCAGCUCGUGUGGGAUUGACUCGCAACCACUUCUCCUGCCUCAUUCUCUCCCUCCCUCCUUUGCAUACUGCGUCUCACCUCUACCUCAUGCCCGAACGAACAUCCCUUCGAUCAAUACAAAUGAACAUUCCCUCUUCUUGUGCGACUUCUCUUCCAACGGCUCAACAAUGACAUUGUCCCUACGAAUAUCAUCCACUACAGACUAUCCAAUCUGCAUCCAUUGCUCGCGACCAGCGCGUGCGAUCUACAAGCACUAUACAGCGAAUCUCGUCGUCUUACUGCCCUGCAGCGGAACCAGCUGUGGUGGCUUUAUCGACUCAUAUGCCGAAGAGGAAUACAGAGAUUCAGGCAGCAGUAGGGUCACCACCAGCUGGGUGGAUCUGAUCCUGGUCAAGCCGAGAGCCUAUCGGCACUUCCUAUACAAUACAAGAUUCUUAUUGCCAAAAAGCCAGAGUCCCCACGGCAAGCUGGAGAAGGGGCACCAAUAUAAUCUCUCAGAUCAUAAGGAGGAGCAAGAACACCCAAAUCGCCGCGCCUGGCUUACCGUCGCCAAGAGGUUCACGGCAUUGAGUCUCGUAGAUGCUUAUCUACGCUGGUUCUAUCUAUGUGCAUACGGGCAGUCGUCUUUCACCAACCCUUCUACUCGAGCAUACGAGAGUCUCCCGCAAUACAGUCUACCACGACUACUAGUAGCCGGCCUCGAUGUCAUCUUCUGGAGGCGGCGCACUGGCAGACCAAAUGCCACAUACGCCAUGGGCGCGAGCUACUUUCUUGUCUGGGCUAGCACCUUUGCCGAGACUCUGGCCCUCUAUGGCACAGUCUCACUCUUCUCAACGCUUUAUGUGGCGUCAGUGCGCUUGUUGCGGCAAUUCCGUCGUAUAGAAAUGGGCGAAGACAUCACUUUGCCUUCUGAGGGCUCAGCGCACAGCACUUCUACUGAAGACGAGGAUAGUGAUGGCGCUGUCGAGGACGCAUCCGCAUUCCUCCUGUCCCCCUCCAAAGAAAGUCAAGAGGAGCUCCACGCAGGGAUCACAGGGCCUGCUGCUGAACCGCUGGAAGGCGUUGACAUGAUUGACCUCUACCGAGCUCACCUGGUUCCAACAGCGCUGCUACUCUCCUCGCUCUCCACACUGAUCUUACUUUGCAUCGUACUCCUCUGGGAGAGCAAGCUGCCGCGACCUUCUUCAGUCGCUCCAGUGCUCAGCGCUCCUCCUAGGUCGGGACUGAGCAGCUCACAUCUAUUGCCGAUCUGGCUCUCUCAGAGCGCCCCCGUAUCACUGAUGAUCGACGAGAUGAUGAGUCUUGUUGGAAGCACUUUUUCUACCGACUUUGCUGUGCGGACGCUACUGGGCGGCCUCUCAGCUGGUGUCUCCCUAGCCGUGAUCCACCCACGGUCACCACUCCUGACAACGUCACUUCUCCUACUGGGCUGGCUCGCAGCCUCACUUGUGCGGUCACACUUCACCCUUCUACCAUCGCCCGAUGUGGGACCUGGCACUUCGGCCGUACAGGCCGGCAUCGGCCAAGGUUUCGUCUGGCAGGAUGUCCGCGGGGCGAGGUCUGUGUAUUGUGCUGCUCCAGCAUGAACGUCGAGCAUCACAAAUGUGUUCAUAAUCCUAUUACAAGUACAAGGUAUUUACAAAGUAUGAUGUGAAGUAGCACGCCAAGAGGACCUCUUAGAUCAUAGCAGUAAUGGCGAAGCUUCCGAUGCUUCCGACGGCCAGACCAAGAGCCCCACGAUGAAGAUACUCGUAGCGACCAGACCAUUCGACAGGCCAAAGAAGAAUAGGAUGGUGAAGAAAGCCCAAUCGGGUAGGGC